ACCUGCUAUUACCUCGUCACGACAUACCAUGUCAAGUCCCGAUACGUGCCCUCUGGGUCAAUGUUACUGAAUAGGCUUGACUGAUCCUCCUCUAGGCUUAUAGAAAGGCUGCUCCGAGCUUUACAAUACGCGUACCUUCAAGGAGACGUAAGUCCCGACCGCGAGGAUCUAGUCAAGAUGGCUGCUGCUUCGAUCUGUGCUGGAGGCGAGGACACGAUUAGACGGCCUUCAUCGGUUUCCCAUGUCAAUUAUCUUAUCAUGUGCAUCUGUUGCAGACCGUCUCAGGCUCAGCCGCUCAAUAAGAGAUGGACACUGAUUGGUACCGAAAGAAUCCCGCGCAUGGAAGAUCGCGAUCGAUUACCUUACGUGAAUGCUCUCAUUUCAGGAGGGCUUUCGAUGGCCAUCCCCUCCCAUACCGUUGACUACGCAUUGAUCCCUACUUUCAACGACAAAUGAGAAACUCAUUUCAUCGCAGAAAAAACGCUUCAUGACCCAGGGAUCUAUGCGGAUCCCUUCGCAUUCAAUCCCGACUCGGA